AUGAAAGGGAGAGAUGCUGCACCCCUGACGCCGACAGACCGAGUUCUACCGAACACAGCGAGUAAAUGCCAACUUCCCGGGCCCACGGAAAGACGGGGGAGCGCGGGGGAAGGUGUCGGGCAGUGCCGUUGGAGCUGGCUACCUAGCCGGCGACGGAAGAGAGAGCGAGAGAGACGCACUCGAAGAGAGAGAGAGAGAGGGAGAGAGAAAGAGAGAGGGGUGAGCGGGAGAAAGGGGGAGAGGAGAAAGGAUUUUACCAGACUAAUGGCUGCACUGCUACUGGGUUCCAGCCUGCUCUCACCACUUCUUCUCCACCUGCUCCUCAGCCCUUUGUUCGCGGUUAACCCGGGGAAGUUAGCAGGGCCCUGCGGUUGGAGCUCGGGACACUGCCCUGAGACACCGAGCCAUCCAAGGGAAGCUGGGGUCUUGGCGAGCAGCAGCGGUUCGGUGAUCUGCCCCAAGGUGGACGUUACAAUGGCUCCCAUCGGGACGGCUCCCAUCGGGACCAGAAUGCCCAGUGUGGAGUCCUUUUAUAUGGCAAUGCGCGCAUGGAGACCCUUUUGAACCUUUGUGCACGGAAGAAGGAGGUGCGAGAAGGCCGUGGAAUGGAGUCAGGCAUCCCCACCCUGUAGGUAGGAGCAGGAGCAGCGGUGGGGAGAGGGGCGUUGUUUCACCUGUUUUCUCUUCGCUGGUUCAAAAUGCCAAAAAGAGGUUUGUACAAAGGACUAGAGUUUGCGCGCGGUCACCACCCUGUCUGCCGGCCGCCAAACCCGACACAGGGAGAGUCUUUGUGCGCGGCCAAGACCGGGGACCUGCGACCAAGUCAUCGGAGAUUGCUAGAGAUGUUAGAGGGGCUUCUGAAAGGUAUACAAGGACCCUCCACCGGCCACUUCCCCCAACACAGCACAUAUCUACAGCUAAGCAACCACCUGGACCGCUGCCAUGGGGCACUCCUCACUCUCAUUUGGGUGAUAAUGCUUUGAAGGCUAGAGAGGUGGCCACCAGUGAUUGUUCUCAUUUGGGUAGUCACAAUGUUAUCGCUCUCCCCACUGAUGGUUGUAAUCAUUCAUUUACUAAGGCCAUUGGGAGAACGUGGAGGAGUGGGGCACAAGGGCCCUACCCAUACUAUCUCACUUCAGCCACCGCAGGCAGCGCGGCCAGAUGUUACCAGUCACCCAGGAUUACUGAAGGGGCCAUGGUCCUCACAGGUUGUUACUUCAGCCGUGCCCGAGACAGGCUCCGCGCCAGCCCCAGUUCUGGGCAUGCAUUGGGUGUGGGCCGGAGGAGGGAGGGAGAGAAGGCACAAGGCAACAAACACGUGAACAAAAAUGAUCCGGAUAAGGAUUUGGCCUCUGUUUAUCUAACAACCAAGCUUAAGGAGCUGGCUGCUCGUCCACAGAGAAUAUCAGUGUUGGCAGGCGGAGAACAAAGCGCUCAACCCCAGGUAGAGAGUAAGGGGUUACCCUGGGGGUCUCUCCCCAGAACGAGGUGUUGUGGUUUGCAGCGGAUGGAUGUAGGGGGAGGACUUUCAGCAAACAUUAUAGGUCCCAGGGGAAGCAUAGCAGUGAGUAAUCUCGGCAUCCAAUUUUCCCCCACCACAAAUAUCACGGACAGUCUCUGUUUGCCAUCUAAUGGAACCGGUAAUGAAAAUAGAAAUUCACUUACCUCUACUAGCUCGUUUUCCUUAUUCCAUGAUGACAUACAGGCAGUAGAUUCGGCUGCUCGAGCCAAUGUUCCUCAUCCUCAGUCUGAGCCAGCUCACAAUGAGUCAGCUAUCGUCACGCCUAUAUUGUCUUCCAUCACCGCUCUCACUAUAUCAGCCUCUGGACAGGCUGGGGCAAUUAAGUCUGGUGUUACUCACAGGGAUCUUGUUACCACAAACCUCUUCUCAUUCUCCAUGGAGCUCAAUCUGACUAAACGGGAUAGUGACUCAGACUCACCUUCCCGGCCACGGGCUAGCCUCCUCUACACCCCCGCUUCCCUUCACAUAGGUUCAGCACCACAGGCACAAUGGACAGCACCCAUGAAAACUUCUACCCAGCUUUCUCCAAAUAAACACGCAUAUUCGGCUCACCACUUUCAGCCAUUCUUUUUGGAGAGUGUUCACAACGUCAAUAAUAAUAACAACAUCAGAAAUUUCAACCAGAACAACAAUAACAACAAGGAGAACAAAGAGGGGAAUGUUCAGACGAAUGAUGACAGUAAUGAAGCCAAUAGUAGACAGGCGUCAGCAGAUCUGAGUGGACCAUGCUCACAGACACAGCAGGGCUCGGUCCCGGAAGAGUUGCUCCACGCUGCGUGUGUUGACAGCAGCUCUGGCGACAGCUUAACUACUGUCCAGGGGGGCACGCGCCCGCAAUUAAAAUCCGGUAAACUGGUGCCAUUACAACAGGAAGGUGUCAGUCAGCCAGAGAGACAUAUGGGGGGUGAGGUUGAAGAGGGGUCUGGGGGAGGCGAAUUACAGGUGGGGGAGGGGGAAAGACAGGCCAGAGUGGCACGGAGGGAGGAAGUGGAAGAGUGGGAGUCAGAGGGAAUAACAAAGAGAGCUACAGCCCAGACAGAUGCAACUGUAGAGGCAGAGGGACAGAGAGAGAAAGGUCAGGAGAGGGCCAGCCUCACACAGGCACAGAGUGGAGCAGCAGGAAGAGGGGGGGGGGAGAAAGUGUGGCAGGGGGAUGAAAGCACACAGGAAGAAGAAGAGGAGGAAAAACACAGUUCAAGGGGAGAGAGAAGUCUGAAAAGGCAGAUAGUGGAAGAUGCAGGUGAGAAGGACAGAGAGAAAGAGGUUUUGGUGGUGGGGCGCGCUCGCCGAGCUGCCAACAGACACCCUCACUUUUCCCAGUAUAACUUCCAAGUGCAGGUUCCAGAAAACCAGCCCCCAGGCACCUCAGUCAUACCAAUGUCAGCCACCGACCCAGACGCAGGUGACGCAGGCAGGCUCAGCUACACCAUGGCCCCUCUCAUGAACAGCAGAUCCACUGACUACUUCCACAUCGACCCUGACACGGGCCUCAUCACCACCUCCCAGGUGCUGGACAGGGAGCACAUGGACCUGCACUACUUCCGGGUUACGGCGUCAGACCACGGCUCUCCACGCCUUUCUGGCACCACCAUGGUGGCAAUCACCGUGGCCGACCGCAAUGACCACUCGCCCAUCUUUGAGCACACAGAGUACCGGGAGACCAUCCGGGAGAACGUGGAAGAGGGCUACCCCAUCCUGCAGCUCCGAGCCACUGACCUGGAUGCCCCGUCCAACGCCAACAUCCGCUACCGCUUCAUAGGAGACACCGCUGCUGCCGCCCGGGCCGCAUUCGAGAUCGACCCCCGCUCAGGGCUGAUCACCACGCGGGGCGUGGUCGACCGGGAGACCAACGAGCGCUACACACUCCACGUGGAGGCCAGCGACCAGGGAAGGGAGCCCGGGCCGCGCUCGGCCAUCGUUAAGGUCUUCAUCACGGUGCUGGACGAGAACGACAACGUGCCCCAGUUCAGCGAGAAGCGCUAUGUGGUGGCAGUCAGGGAGGACGUCCGGCCCCACUCUGAGAUCCUGAGGGUGAGCGCUACGGACCAUGAUAAGGAUAGCAACGCGGCCGUCCACUACAACAUCAUCAGUGGGAACAGCCGGGGCCAGUUCUCCAUCGACAGUGUGACAGGGGAGAUCCAGGUAGUUGCCCCUCUGGACUUCGAGGCAGAGAGGGAAUACACUCUGAGGGUCCGAGCCCAGGACAACGGCCGGCCGCCGCUCUCCAAUAACACAGGUAUCAUCAGCGUGCAGGUGACCGACGUCAACGACAACCCUCCCAUCUUUGUGUCCACGCCGUUCCAGGCGUCAGUGCUGGAGAGCGCCCCCGUGGGAAGCUCCAUCCUCCACAUCCAGGCCAUCGACACCGACUCUGGGGACAACGCCCGUCUGGAGUACAGGCUGACUGGCACCAGCCCUGACACGCCCUUCGUCAUUAACUCUGCAACCGGCUGGGUUACGGUCAGUUCGGCCCUCGACCGGGAGUCUGUGGAACACUUCUUCUUUGGGGUGGAGGCCAGAGACUAUGGCAUCCAACCUCUCUCCGCCACAGCCAGCGUGACUAUAACAGUGAUGGACGUCAAUGACAACAGGCCAGAGUUCCUGCAGAAAGAGUACUUUGUGAGGCUCAACGAGGACGCGGCUGUGGGCACCAGUGUGGUCGUUGUGACCGCGGUCGACCGUGAUGUCAACAGCGCGGUCACCUAUCAGAUCACGGGGGGCAACACCCGUAACCGCUUUGCUAUAAGCACAGCCGGGGGAUCGGGGAUGAUCUCUCUAGCACUGCCGCUUGACUACAAACAGGAGCGCCGCUACGUUCUGACUGUGACCGCUUCUGACCGCACGCUACAUGACACAUGCCAGGUCCACGUCAACAUCACGGACGCCAACACGCACCGGCCCGUGUUCCAGAGUGCUCACUACUCGGUGACCGUGAACGAGGACCGCCCCCCGGGCAGCACGGUCGUGGUCAUCAGCGCCACGGAUGAUGACGUUGGCGAGAACUCUCGCAUCACCUACUUCCUGGAAGACAACAUACCCCAGUUCCGCAUCGACCCAUCCAGCGGAGCCAUCACCCUGCAAGCCGAGCUGGACUACGAGGACCAAAUGACCUACACUCUGGCCAUCACCGCCCGGGACAACGGCAUCCCACAGAAGUCUGACACCACCUACGUAGAGGUGAAUGUGAACGAUGUGAACGACAACGCACCACAGUUCCUCAGCCCCAGGUACCAGGGCACUGUCAGUGAAGACGCCCCACCCUUCACUAGCGUCCUACAGAUAUCCGCCAUGGACCGAGAUGCCCAUGCCAAUGGCCGCGUCCAGUACACCUUCCAGAAUGGGGAGGACGGUGAUGGAGACUUCACCAUAGAGCCCACAUCGGGCAUCGUACGCACGGUCCGUCGUCUGGACCGCGAGAGUGUCCCAUUCUAUGAGCUGACGGCGUACGCCGUGGACCGUGGUGUGCCUCCACAGCGGACGCCCGUCCACAUUCAGGUGACGGUUCUCGAUGUCAACGACAAUGCGCCUGUGUUCCCGGCGGACGACUUUGAGGUUCUAGUGAAGGAGAACAGCGCUGUGGGGUCGGUGGUGGCCCAGAUCACAGCCACAGACCCAGACGAGGGGGCCAAUGCCCAGAUCAUGUAUCAGAUCGUAGAAGGCAACAUCCCUGAGAUCUUCCAGAUGGACAUCUUCUCCGGGGAGCUCACCUCCCUCAUAGACCUGGACUAUGAGGCCCGCUCCGAGUACGUGAUCGUGGUCCAGGCCACCUCAGCCCCCCUGGUGAGCCGGGCCACGGUGCGCAUCCGGCUGGUGGACCAGAACGACAACCGGCCCCAGCUCCAGGACUUCCAGAUCAUCUUCAACAAUUUUGUGUCCAACCGCUCCAACAGUUUCCCCAGUGGGGUGAUCGGCCGGGUGCCGGCCCAUGACCCUGAUGUGUCAGACCGCCUGUACUACUCCAUUGACCAGGGAAACGACCUGCACCUGCUACUGCUCAACCACAGCAGCGGGGAGAUCCGGCUGAGCCGCAAGCUGGACAAUAACAGAGCCUUGGUGGCCCCCAUGCUCAUUACUGUCACAGGUGAGAGACAGAGGGAGAAAGUGUGGCUGGAUGUGUGAGAGGAUGUUGAGAGAGAUUUGUGUGUGAAAGAGAGGGUGUUGGUUUGUGUGUGUGUGGGAGAGAGAGAGGGUGGGGUAAGGGCCUGUCAGAAAAUGCGAAUGAGGGGUAUUUGAGAUACUUAGGCUCUUGUUCCAUGAUUAAUGUUAUUUAGUGAAUUAAAUGAAAGAGGCGAUAUGGGACAUGGAAUGAUAAACUGCCUGGUAAUGAUGGUUUAUGAUUUAUUUAACUGUACAACAGUCAUGCAUUUUUAGUGUGUUUAAAUAGCUUUUAUAUGGCCAGUGUUUUUUUUGUGUGACCUGCUAGCCUAUUUACAGAGCUUUUAUUCCAAUUGCAUUGUGGCCGCUUAAUGCAUAUUUGUGUGCGAUUAUGAAUAAGUGUCUUUGUUUGUGUGGUCUAUCAUAAGCUCUUUCGCUCUCUUGUUAUGCACGUAUGUACAGUACAUGUGAGUGUUUUGCAUCUCUCUUCUCCCUCGUACGUCACUUUCAAUGUUCCAUCUGCAGUAUGGAGUCUCUGUUUCUCCUUCCCUCCUCCAUUCUCCACCUCGCCUCUCUCAGAUCGCUCUCUGCCUACUCCUCUCCUCAGGACAGGAGUUUGAGAUUAUAAUGAAUACAGUCAGUCUGAGAGCAGUCUUCAGAUCAUGUGUUGCCUCGUCUUUCUCCUGCUGGCUCUCCUCCACUCUCUUCUCCCUUAGAUGCUAUCAUCUCUCGCUCUCUCCCUCAUUCUAUCUCUCUCUCUCUCUCUCUCUCUCUCUCUCUCAUCUCUCUCUCUCGUCUCUCUCCUCUCUUCUUCGUCUGCUCAUCUCGUCCUCUCUUCUCUCUCUUCUCUCUCUCUCUCUCUCUCUCUACUCUCUCUUCUGUCUUUGCUCUCUCUCUCUCUCUCUCUCUCUCUCUCUCUCUCUCUGGCUUUCAUGCUCUCUCUCUCUAUCUCCCUGCUCUUUACUAAGACUAGAGAGAGGGGAGAUUAAGAUGUAAUAUAGUCGGUCUAAGAUCCCAGCAGGACAGCAGGCCAGGCCUGUACUCAUCUGAUAUCUGUCUCCGUCCAUCUGUCUGUCUUUCCUUCCCUGGGGCACCAACACACAACACCACUUCCCCUCUUUUGUGUGUGUGUGUGCGUGUGCGAGUGCUUGCAUGUGUAUCUGUGUUUGUGUGUGUCUGCACAGUACAUAUAAAUUAGGUGUAGACAGAGAGAUUUAGAGAAGAAAGGCAAAUUAUAGAGAUUUGAUUUGAGCAUUAAAUCAAGUCAAAAUAAAAUACAAUUGUAUUUAUCACAUGCUUCGUAGACAACAGGUGUAGACUAACAGUGAAAUUCGUACUUACUUAUUUUCAAAGUUUAAGUUAAGAUAAAAAUAGAAAUAGUGAAAUGACGAAUAAAUACACAGUGAAUAACGAAUAGAAAUAACAAGUACAAAUAACGUGGCUGUAUAUAGGGAGUAUAAAAUAACAUUUAUAUAUGUAGGGAGUAUAAAAUAACAUGGCUAUAUAUAGGGAGUAGAAAAUUACAUGGCUAUAUACAGGGAGUAGAAAAUAACAUGGCUAUAUAUAGGGAGUAGAAAAUAACAUGGCUAUAUAUAGGGAGUAGAAAAUAACAUGGCUAUAUACAGGAGUAGAAAAUAACAUGGCUGAUAUAUAGGGAGUAGAAAAUAACAUGGCCUUAUAUACAGGGAGUAUAAAAAACAUUUCUUACAUAGGGAGUUAAAGUGUCAUGGCUAUAUAUGGGAGUAGAAAAGUUACAUGGCUAUAUACAGGGAUUAGAAAAUAACAUGGUAUAUAUAGGGAGUAGAAAAUAACAUGGCUAUAAUAGGGGAGAAAAUAACAUGGGCUAUAUACAGGAGUAUAAAAUAACAUUUCAUACAUAGGAGUAGAAAAUAACAUGGCUAUAUAUAGGAGUAGAAAAUAACAUGGCUAUAUACAGGGAGUAGAAAAUAACAUGGCUAUUAUAGAGGAGUAGAAAAUAACAUGGCUAUAUUAUGGAGUAGAAAAUACAUGGCUAUAUAUAGGAGUAGAAAAUAAACAUGGCUGUAUACAGGGAGUAGAAAUAACAUGCUAUAUACAGGAGUAGAAAAUAACAUGGCUAAUAUAGGGAGUAGAAAAUAACAUGGCUAUAUACAGGGAGUAUAAAAUAACAUUCUAUACAUAGGGAGUAGAAAAUAACAUGGCUAUAUAUAGGGAGUAGAAAAAUAACAUGGCUAUAUACAGGGAGUAGAAAAUAACAUUUCUAUAUAUAGGGAGUAGAAAAUAACAUUCUAUAUAUAGGGAGUAUAAAAUUACAUGGCAUAUACAGGGAGUAGAAAUAAACAUGGCUAUAUACGGGAGUAGAAAAUAACAUGGCUAUAUAUAGGGAGUAGAAAAUAACAUGGCUAUAUACAGGGAGUAGAAAAUUACAUGGCUAUAUACAGGGAGUAGAAAUAACAUGGCUUAUAUAGGGAGUAGAAAAUACCAUGGCUAUACCAGGGAGUAGAAAAUUACACAUGGCUAUAUACAGGAGUGAAAUAACAUGGCUAUAUAUAGGGGUAGGAAAAUAACAUGUGCUAUCAUAGGGAGUAGAAAUACAUGCUAUAUACAGAGGGAGUACCAGUUACCGAUUCGAUCUGCCGGGGUACGAGGUAAUGAGGAGCUAUGUAAUGUACAUAUAAGGUAGGGGUAAAUUGACUUAUGCAAACAGGAUAGACUUAAUAGACAGUAGCAGCAGCAUAUGUGCAAAAAAAUUAGUGUGUUAGUUGCAAAAAAGGGUCAAUGCAGUUAGUCCAGGUAGCCAUUUUGAUUACCCAGUCUUGUUAGAGAAGUCUUAUGGCUUAAUGGGUAAAGAAAGCGUUUCGAGGGUCCCUGUUGGUUUCCAGACUUGGUGGGCAUUGGGUAUCCGAUUGCUGUUGCGGAGAAGAGAGAACUGUCCUGUGGCUUGGUUGGCUGGAGUCUUUGACCAUUUUUAGGGCCUUCCUCUGACACCGCCUGAUAUAGAGGUCCUGGAUGGCAGGGAGCUAAGCCCCAGUGAUGUACUAGGCCAUACACACUACCCUUUGCAGCACCUUGCAGUCAGAUGCCAAGCAGUUGCCAUACCAAGUGGUGAUGCAACCAGUCAAGAUGCUCUCGAUGGUGAAGCUGUAGAACCUUUUGAGGAUCUGAGGGCCCAUGCCAAAUCUUUUCAGCCUCCUGAGGGGGAAGAGGUGUUGUUGUGCCCUCUUCACGACUUUGUUGGUAUGUUUGAACCAUGAUAGAGCCAUAGUGAUGUGGACACCAAGGAACUUGAAGCUCUCAACCCGCUCUACUACAGCCCUGCCAAUGAGAAUGGGGGCGUGCUCGGCACUCCGUUUCCUGUAUUCCACGAUCAGCUCCUUUCUCUUACUGACGUUGAGGGAGAAGUUGUUGUUUCUGACCUCCUCCCUAUAGGCUGUCUCAUUGUUGUUGGUUAUCAGGCCUACCACCGUCGUGUGUCGGCAAACCUAAUGAUGGUUUUGGAGACGUGCGCGGCCAUACAGUUGUGGGUGAACAGGGAAUACAGGAGGGGACAAAGCAUGCACCCCUGAGGGGUCCCCGUGUUGAGGGGUCAACGUGGCAGUUGUGUUGUUGCCUACCCUCACCACCUGGGGGCGGCCCGUCAGGAAGUCCAGGAUCCAGUUGCAGAGGGAGGUGUUCAGUCCCAGGGACCUUAACUUAGUGAUGAGCUUGGAGGGCACUAUGGUGUUGAACGCUAAGCUGUAGUCUGCAUUCUCACGCAGGUGUUCCUUUUGUCCAAGUGGGAAAGGGCAGUGUGGAGUCCAAUGUAGUUUGCAUCAUCUGUGGGGUGGUAUGAGAAUUUGACAGGAUCCAGGGUGUCAGGGAUGAUGGCGUUGAUGUGAGCCAUGACCAGCCUUUCAAAGCAUUUCAUGGCUACAGAUGUGAGUGCUAAGGGGUGAUAGUCAUUUAGAUAGGUUACCUUGGCAUUCUUGAGCACAGGGACUAUGGUGGUCUGCUUGAAACGUGGGUAUUACAGACUGGGUCAGGGAGAGGUUGAAAAUGUAAGUGAAGAAACUUGCUGCUGGUUAGCGCAUGGUAAUCCAUCUGGCCCUGUGGCCUUGUGAAUGUUAACCUGUUUAAAGGUCUUACUCACAUCAGCUACGGAGAGCGUGAUCACAGAGUCGUCUGGAACAACUGAUGCUCACACGCAUGGUUCAGUGUUGCUUGCCUAGAAGCGAGCAUAGAAGGCUUGUCUGCUAGGCUCGUGUCACUGGGCAGCUUGUGGCUGGGUUUCCCUUUGUAAUCCGUGAUAGUUUGCAAGCCCUACCUCAUCCGACGAGUGUCAGAGCCGGUGUAGUAGGAUUCGAUCUUAGUCCUGUUUGAUGACAUCAGAGGGCGUAGCGGGAUUUCUUAUACGGGUCCGGGUUAGUGUACCUCUCCUUGAAAGCGGCAGCUCUAGCCUGUAGGUAAUGUUGCCUGUAAUCCAUGGAUUCUGGUUGGGAUACGUACGUACGUGUAGUCACUGUGGGGACGACGUUGUCGAUGCACUUAUUAAUGAAGCCGGAGACUGAUGUGGUAAACUCCUCAAUGCCAUCGGAUGAAUCCCAGAACAUAUUCCAGUCUGUGCUAGCGAAACAGUCCUGUAGCUUAGCAUCCACUUCAUUCGGACCACUUCCAUAUUGAGAGCUUCGCUGGUACUUCCUGUUUGAGUUUCUGCUUGUAAGCAGGAAUCAGGAGGAUAGAAUUAUGGUUAGAUUUGCCAAAUGGAGAGUGAGGGAGAUCUUUGUAUGCGUCUCUGUGUGGGGAGUAAAGGUGAUCUAGAGUAUUUUCAACCUCUAGUUUCACAGGUGACAUGCUGGUAGAAAUGAGGUAGACAUACUAGGCACAUCGACGGUACUGAUUUCAGACGAGUCCCCUGACACUUUUCCAUAGAGUGGUCAUAAUAGUUUGUAUGUCAAACCGUUCGGACGCUACAGAUGUUUUUGUGAGAAGACCGAUUUCCGGGAUGUCUCAUGGUCUGAUAAACACCACUCUAGCUCUAACACCUUUCACCACAGAUACGGAAGUGCGACAUAGGUGGAUGCGGUGGACUGAGACUCAUUCAAUGAUAUCUCUAGCUUAAACUGACGGAUCUUGAUGUGGAUCUUUUUAUUAUGUUACUUAGAUUGACUCUAGGGGGUUUUAAAACGUGCGUUGUACACCUUUGUUUACCAUCCAACAUACAUCAUUGUGUUCUUGACUGGUCAUGCAUGGAAGGGCAAGAGUUUACACAGUUUACAGUGUCCGUAAAGAGGUCCUUCUCUUCCUACUCCAGUUGUAGGAUUUUCCCAAUAAAUAAUCCCUCUGUAAUGCACUUUAUUAAACCCAAGAGACAGCAGGGUACAAUACCCCCUCUCUUUCCUCUGUCAACGUCAUCCUUUACUUAUUCAACAGACAUAAAUACAUCCUGUAGUGAGUGUCCAGGCGUAUUUUAUGUGUGUGUGUGUGUUUGUGUGUGUGUAAGUACAGUAUAGUCAAUGAGUCAUUUCUCAUUAUAUACAUACAGUAGUUGUCAAGUAUUCAGACCCCUUGACUUUUUCCACAUUUUGUUACGUUUCGACCUUAUUCUAAAAUUGAUUAAAUUGUUGUUUUUCCUCAUCAAUCUACACACAAUACUACAUAAUGACAAAGCAAAAAACAGGUUUUUAGAAAUUUUAGCAAAUCUGUAGAUAGAUCUGUACAUCUGGGUAGGAAUGAGUGUUGAGGAGGAUAAUGUGUAGUUAAGAUCAGUGAGACUUUAAGCAUCUGUCUAAGUGCAAUGCAUUUUUAUGCUUAUGCCUUAUGUGUGUGUUUGUUAAUAUGGUGGAGUAAUGUGUGUGUGUGUACGUUUUUGUGUUAGCGUGAGUGUGUGUGUGCAUCCGUGCAUCUGUGUGUGUGUCUGUACGUGUGUGUGUUUGUGUGUGUGAGUGUGGUUUAAUGUCUUGUAAAGAUGCAAUUUAAGCCUACAGAGAGCCCUUUUACUGUGUGGUUUAUUCCGCUCUGCACUGAGAGUAAUGAGUGCUCAGACCUCAGGGGGAGAAGGGCUUUUAAAACAAACAGAGCGCGGAAAUCAUCUGUCAGACCACUGCCUGUAGUGUGUGUGUGUGUGUGUGUCUGUGUUCACACGUGCAAGAGUGUGAAUGCAUGCAGGCUAUGGAUGCGUGCCUUUCUGGUUGUGUGUGUGUUUCUUUCUAGGUGACUGUGCUUACGCUACACUUGAUGUUGUUAACUUUUAAUAAUUUCCAUCCAUUUGAAAAGGCCAACCCCUGUUCAGUUUCCCCUGAUAUGACUGGAGGGAAAGGGAGCUGUGUGUGUACAUGAAAUUAAAGUUGUUCAGGCGCAGGCUGAAGUGAGGGAGGAGCAAAGCAAGGCAAGGCUCCAUCUCUUUAAAAGGGUUUAGUUACUGAUAUAGGCAGCAGGCAGCUUGCUAUUUCCAGCUGAGCUUUAGGAAAGGAAGCAUUACUUAUGUCUAGGAGGCUGUAAAAGCUCUAUUAGCCAAGUCUACCUGGAAGAGCCCCUCUCAACCCACCAGCCCUAAAACGCCCCUCCUCCGUUUGAAGUGUGGAUUCACGACACGAAAACAUGGAUAGGAACAAAUCGAAACCCACAAAGUGUUAUUUACAAACUCCUGUUUUCCCUCGGUGCUUAAAAAUGCUAAAAUAACCUUCAUUUAUGGUUUGGGGAGGGUUAUACAAGUUUAAAGACUAGAACGGUAGCUUAGCUUCAGAGGGCCAGUGGCUAUGCAUUAGGUCUGGGUUUUAUUGUACUCUCUUUAGCUACCUGCUUCUGAGUGAGUUAGCUACUAGCUGCUAGCUGGGUUAUAUUAUUAAACUGCAUGUACAGUAUUCAGUUCCUAAGUUAGUUAUCUGAUGGCGCGAUUAUUUUGUAGUCUUUGUAGGCUACCUGCUCCUGACUUAGCUAGCUGCAAGCUCGGUUAUAUUGUACUGUUUUGGAUUAGCUUAUAUUGUAGCUCACUGUAUGUACCUGUUUCUGAGUUAGCUACGUAGCUGGUUGCUGGACAGAAGCCAGGAAUGGGGGCCAAAUCACACACGAUUAUCCUCUUAACUACGAUACUUCUCAUUUCAAUAAGAAAGGGUAUCAGGAGUAAUUAGGAAUGCAUUUUUGCAAGCUAUUCAAUGAGGCCAUUGUAAUAUCCUUUGCCUGAGCAGUAUCCCCUAUUUUGUAUUCUGUUUUUAUAAUUAGUUUCUCUUUUUACAAUGAGAGAAAGUUGCCAAUAUCCAAUGUUUUUUCCCAUAUUAUUUCUUGAACAUGGAUAAAUUAAUUUAGGUUUAAGCCUUCCUCUUAUAAUCCUGUUCGACCCUCUGGCUGUUCAUUUAUUAACGUCUGGUGUGUGUGUAUGUGUAUGUAUGUGUGUAUGUGUGUGUAUGUGUGUGUGUGUGUGGUGUGUGUGUGUGUGUGAGGUCAAUAGGGAGUCAGCCUCCUCAUAAUCCUGUAAUCAAACCAGCUGCCACCACACCCCUCCCCCCACAGUGUCAACAUUCUCAUUCUGCCUCCUUUCUCUACUUUUCUCUCAGUAGCUCCACCGACCCUCUCACUCUCUCUCUCUCUCUCUCUCUCUCUCUCUCUCUCUCUUUCUCCCUCUCUCUCUUUCUCUCUCGCUCUCUCUCUCUCUGUCUGUCUCUCUUUCUCACUCUCUCAUUAUUUUCUAUCAUCUAUUUCUUGCAGUUUUCAUAUUCACAUGCAUGUAAUUGUUCUUGUAGUAUUAUACUCAAUUCAUUUUUUGGGUCUUCUGUGGUUUCAAAUUGUAUUUUUAUUUUUUUGAUUAUAUUGUACUCUCAUCAUUGCUUUUAUAGUAAUAAUUUUGGGCAAUCUCAGGAAAAGUAGUCUAAUUAUCAUGAUAAAAGGAGGAUAAAACUGCUCUUUGCACUGAUAGACAAUUUAAGUGUGUGUGUGUGUAUGUGUGUGUGCGUGUGUGUGUGUGCAUGUGUGUGUGUGUGCGUGCGUGUGCACACACUUGUAUGUAUGAGUGGGGGCAGGGGAAGAUUAUGGUCAAGAUCAUGCACUUGUAAGACGGCGGCUCACGCUAACUAAAUAUAUGUAUCUCUAGAGAUUGACGUUGCGACCUCAUGCCCCUCUCUCUCCUCCCCAUCCCCCCUCCCCUCCUCUCUCUCAGACGGUAUCCACAGUAUCUCGGCCCAGUGCAUCCUCCGAGUGCUCAUCAUCACAGAGGACAUGUUGAGCAGCAGCGUGACGGUGCGCCUUCAAAACAUGUCCCAGGACCACUUCCUGUCCCCUCUGCUUGGUCACUUCCUGGAGGGGGUGUCGGCGGUGCUGUCCGUCCCUCCGGAGGACGUGUUUGUUUUCAAUAUCCAGCCGGACGGCGAGGCGGGGGGAAUACUGAAUGUUAGUUUCACUGCGGCGCUGCCCGGGGGUAACUUUUUCCCCUCUGAAGCCCUGGAAGAGCAACUCUACCUCAACCGGCCACACCUCACCUCCCUGGCACAGAUGGAGGUACGGAGAGGAGGAGAAACAGACAGAUCAGUCAGGAAUAUAAUAUGAUAUCAUAUAUAUAUGCGAAUAGACAUUUGUCAUUACACACUAAUACACACAUUACAUUACAUUUACGUCAUUUAGCAGACAUAUAGAUGUAAGCACCUACUGUAAGCUAAGACAAGGUUGUAACACCACCACCACUUAUGACUCUGUAAGGAAGGGAGAAGAGAGAGGGAGAAGAGAGCGAGAGAGAGAAGAGAGAGAGAGAGGAGAGAGAGAAGAGUAGAGAAAAAGAUGAGAGCGAGAGAGAGAGGAAGAGAGAAGAGAGAGAAGCGACGAGAGCGAGAAGAAGGCGCGAGCGAGAGAAGAGGAGGCUAGGAGCUCGUACGAUAGCGUCUCGCGUCGAUAUCUCUCUUCUCUUCUCGUCUCUCUCUCUAGUCUCUCUCUCUCUCUCUCUCUCUCUCUCUCUCCUCUCUCUCCCACACCACUCUCUUUCCCACCCAUCCACUGAAGUGAAACCAUCUGUGUGUGUGUUGUAAUACAGGUGCUCCCGUUCGAUGACAACGUGUGUCUGCGGGAGCCAUGUCAGAACUACAUGAAGUGCAUCUCGGUGCUUCGCUUCAACAGCUCUGCUCCCUUCAUCUCCUCUCCCUCCGUCCUGUUCCGGCCCAUCCACCCCAUCGCCGGGCUGCGCUGCCGCUGCCCCGCAGGCUUCACUGGGGACUACUGCGAGACGGAGAUCAACCUGUGUUACUCCAACCCUUGUUUCAACGGAGGGGUUUGUGCUCGCAGGGAGGGAGGCUACACCUGUAUCUGCAGAGAAGACUACACCGGUAGACUACACAGCUAAUGGGGUGUUGUCACUGCUUGUGUGUGUAUGUGUGUGUGUGUGUGUGUGUGUGGGGGGGGGGGGGGGGGGGGGGGGGUAUGAAAAACGCUCCAUAUGGAGUGAUGAAGGAGAGAGGGAGAGAUGGAGCAGGAGAUAAAGGGAGUGAGAGAAGGUAAGAUAGGAAGAAGGAGAAGAGGCUUCUGAGGCAGAGAGAGGGAAAGAGAAGGAUGUAGAGAGAGAAAGAGAGAGAAAGAAGGAUGUAGAGAGAGAAUAGGGAAGUAAGGAGGUAAAGACAGAGACUGAGGGAAGGAGGAAGAGAAAGAAAAAGAGAAAGUGAGAGGGAAGGAGGUAGAGCGAGAGAGAAGGAAGGAGGUAGAGAGAGAGAUGGCCUCUGGGUACCGUGUGGGAGCGAAGAAAGGGUAGUAGGGGGAGCGACAGCUUUGAUGAAUAAAACAUCCUAUGAAUGAAGGGGUGUGAAUGCAUUAGCUGGAGAAAUAAAACAGAUAUACAGAGAGAAUGAGGAAGAGAGAAGAGAGGAAAUUGAACGCAGGAAGGAAAUAUAAAGUAGAGCUAGGGAGAAACGGAUCGAGGCCAAUAGGAAGAUUGUUUUAAGGAUGUGCAGGAACAGGGAUGAGAGAACGAGGGAGGAAGAGAGGAAGAGGGGAAGUCAGGAUGGACUGCGGCGUGGGGAGAAGAAAAGAGGGAGAGGAGAGGGGGAGGAGAACAGAAAAAGUGCUCUGUUUUUCCAUAGUAAAGAGAGUUAGAGAGGCACUAGUAGAAUGGAGAGCGUAAGUGCAAUCUAUCCAUCUUAGGGAGAGCUUUUGUACGGUAAUUGCUCUAUAUCCAUGUACGUCUGCAGAUAAUAUGAAUGUAGAAGCUGAUCUCUGCUCUCUAUCUUGUUUGAGUGGGCCUUGAGUGUGUUGAGUGAGUGCAGAUUUGUACAGUAGAAAAUGAUAGGAGAGCAUCAGUGAAGUGAAGUGAAGUGAAAAGAAUAUUCUGUUCUUUGCCGGGGUGGAUGAAAGAGUUGAUCUUAGCUCUGUUCUGUUGUCUGUCUCACCAGACAAAUAAUUCAUGAUUAUUAAUGUCUGUUUAUUUAUUUUAAUAUUAAUGAGUCAGUGUGUGCGUGCGUGCAUUUGUGUGUGAGCAUACACGUGCGAGAAAGAGAGAGAGAAAAAUAAUGUAAUUGGUGUGUGUGUGUGUGUGUGUGUAUGUUUCUUGGGGGUGAUUUGUAGUGUUGGUGUGUGUUUGGCAGGACCAGCUGGCAGUGAGUGCUUCUGCCUGGGGGUCCGGGGGAAUAGAAAGGAGAGAGGAGGGGGGGAAAGUGGGGUGAAAGCCGUUUAAACUCUUGAUGCUUUUAGGCGCAAAACCCUGGCAUGUUUUAACACCAUACCCAUCAUACCGGGGGGUACAGACAGUCAGUUUGUGUGCGUGUCAGCAUGUGUGCCCAUUCGUGUGUAAGGAAACAUACAGUACUUGCACGAGGAAAAGUCCAGGGCACUCUGCGGUCUCACCCACAAAGCACAAUCGUCUGGCUAGUGGUUGGUUUUUAAACCAUGCCAGUGGCUGCAUUCAUCACAGUAGUGCCUCGACGCUGAACAAACAUUGUGCCAACGCUGAGACAACAUUAGGCCCGCCAUACAAAGGCCUAGCCUGCAGGUUUAACAUGAUCAGCAUGUCUCCAUGGACCUCAGCAGGCCUCUAAACUGGAGGCCUGGAGGAGCAGUGUGUCUGCAGGGUGAAGGCAGUACAUCCCCACACUGUUUAUGCACCAGCUCAUUGUCAGUGAGGAUAGCUGGAGCAGUCUAGCUCUCUAGCUGGGAUAUUGUACUCACAUGAGUCUGACUAUACGUGUUUUAUUUGCUGGGGUUUCAGCUGAGACUACUAUGGCUGUACUGUGGUUCUGUUAAGAAAAAUAUUUGUGUGUGUCCAUUUGUGUUUAUGCCUAGUUUAUUACGUGAAUAAAUAGUUCUGUUUAUGUGUGUAUUAGGUGUAAGUCUGUUGGAUGGUCCAUAUAGUUAGGAUACUAUGUGGACCAUGCACACUUUAGGUUUCUGUAUUUGUAUUGAUCAGUGCUGUAUUAUACAGUAUUGUGUGUAUGCACUGUAUGUAUAGUAACCUGUGUGCCCUGUCCUUCCCAGGCGAGCGGUGUGAGUGGGACAGGCGUCAGGGUCGCUGUGUCCCUGGGGUGUGUAGGAAUGGAGGGAUGUGCAGGGAGCUGUCUGGAGGGGGGUUCCGCUGUGAGUGCCCUGGAGGGGGGUACGAGCGGCCCUACUGCGCUGUCACCGCACGCUCCUUCCCCCCCAAGUCCUUUAUCAUGUUCCGAGGCCUCCGCCAGAGAUUCCACCUCUCCAUCUCUCUCACGUGAGCACCGAACAUCUUUCUCUCUGUCUCUUUCUUUUCAAUCUUUCUUUUUAGCACCUUUCUCCAAUUCCUGCUCUUUCGUUCAUCUGUCAUUUUGGCCCACUUGGGACCUGUCCUGGCCCCUUGGCGUGUUCUGAUUGGUCAGAGGGUGGUUGCUAGGGUGAAGUGGUCAUAAAUGUGAUUUACAUUUGAUUAAUUUAGGAGACGCUCUUAUCCAGAGCGACUUACUGUAGUGAGUGCAUACAUGUUGUACUUUUUUGUACUGAUCUCAGGUGUAACUAAAUCCCAUGACUCAGAGGUCCACUGGAAUGGAUGUUUUAUUAAAUACUACUAUUAUAUUCUACUAUAUUCUAGUACAUACUCAUAUAACCUUGCAGUGGAGUAACACUUUCAGUCUUAUACCGUACCAUAUGUUAAGAACACUGUAGUAGAGCUUAUAGCACAUAUAUAAGACCAGGGAAAACCCUAUGAUAAAAGGCUGACACCACAUCAUCAUUGUUAACAUAACAAACCUAGUAUUUCACCCAUGCAAGUGGACAAAAGUCUGGUUUUGGGUCUGGGCUGGUUACUGGGGUGGAUGUGUGAGGGAUGGUUAUAACUCACAGCGCCCUUACAUGGUUGUGGUGUGUUACAGCUUUGCCACCCUGGAGAACAGUGGCCUCCUCUUCUAUAACGGACGCUUCAACGAGAAACACGACUUCCUGGCUCUGGAGAUCUUAGAGGGCCAGGUGGUGCUCAAGUACUCCACAGGUGGGUGUCUAUCUGUGUGUGUGGGUGUCUAUCUGUGUGUGUGUGUGUGUGGUGUGUGUGUGUGUGUGUGUGUGUGUGUGUGUGUGGUGUGUGUGGUGUGUUGUUGUGUGUUGUGUGUGUGUGUGGUGUGUGUCCAACCUAUAUAAUGGUAGGUGAAACCCUGGUUUUGAGUGUGACCUUUUUGUCCCCAGGUGAAUCGUCCACUCAGGUGAGCCCCUUCCUACCUGGGGGCGUAGCCGAUGGCAACUGGCACACUGUCCACAUCCAUUACUACAACAAGGUGAGUCCCAAUGUGGUGUGUGUGUGUGUGUGUGUGUGUGUCUCUACUACACAUACCAUGCAUUUUUUUACAAAUUUCUCCACUCCUCCAUUUUUUGUCAACCCUGUGAGUUCCCCUGCCAUCUUAGCCCAUGUGCAGUGUCAGUGUUCCUUUGUAUGUCAAACUUUCUGCCCUCUCUCAAAUCAAAUCAAAUCAAAUCGAAAUUUAGUGUAGAAUAACAUUGAAACGCUCACUUACGGGCCUUUCCCAACAAUGCACAGAGAAAAAUAGAAAAAUAAUAGACACAAUUAUAACACAAGGAAUACAUACACAAUGAGUACAAAAAAAAGUUAAGAUCAGCGUAAAAAAACACACACAAAAUAGCAGAAUUGGUUAGAAGCCCGUAAAACGGCUGCUAUCCACUGCAGCGCCAUCUUAGUCAUCUCCGACAGCCCAGUUGUGUGUGUACUGUAUAUGACUAUCUCUCUUUGUUUCAGCACAAGCGGAAAGAGUACAGCAGGGUGUUUUGGUGUACAUGCUUGUGUGUGUGUUCUGUAUGUGUUAUAUUUCACUGUCCCUAUCUUUGCCCCAGCCCAAGCGUAGUGUGAGUGGGGAGGCCCAGGGUCCGUCUGAUGAGAAGGUGGCGGUGGUCAGUGUGGAUGACUGUGACACGGCCGUGUCGCUACGCUUCGGAACGCAGCUCGGCAACUACAGCUGUGCUGCUCAGGGCAAGCAGACCAGCUCCAAGAAGUGAGUCUCUCUCUCUCUCUCUCUCUCUCUCUCUCUCUCUCUCUCUCUCUCUCUUCUCUCUCUCUUCUCUUUUCUCUCCUCUCACACACACACACACACACACACAUGGGCGUCAAUUGCAAGUCAGUGUCAGGGUUAAACGCUCAGCAUUGCCACUUAAGCCUCUUCUCCCUGUCUAGACUUGACAAGUCACCACAACACUGCUGCUGUGCUCUGUAAGCUCUGGGGAAAGUAAAAGGAUAAAUUCUAAUAAUGUGUCUUAUCUGCCUUUUUCGUCUAUUCUACGAUGCCUCGUGUAGAGUGAGGAGAAGACGCGCGAGGGGGAGGAUGAGAGAGGAGAGGGAAGAGAGGAGAGAGAGAGAGGGAGAAGAUGAGAGAGAGAGUAGAGAGAGAGGAAGAGAGAAAGAAAGAGAGAGAGAGAGAGAGAGCGCGAGAACGCGAGAGAGAGAGAGCAGAGAGAGAGGAGAUCGAGAGAGAGCGGCGACGAGGCUCUGUAACGCGAGCGAGAAAAGACGGUUCAUACUCGAGAGAGACGCGCAGAGUCUAGCAAGUCUCUCUAUCACUCUCUCUUCUCUCUCUCUCUCCUCUCUCGCUCUCUCUAUCUUCUCUCUCUUCUUCUUCUCUUCUUCAUCUCUCUCUCUUUCUCUCUCUUCUCUUUCUCUUCCUCUCUCAGAUCUCUGGAUCCUCACGGUCCCUUGUUUUUGGGCGGAGUGCCAACACGCCUGAUAAUUUUCCACUUCCACACCCGCGAGUUUAUCGGCUGUAUGAAAGACCUCCACAUCGACAACAGUCCUUUGGACCUGGCUGGAUACAUCGCUAACAAUGGAACCCUACCUGGUCUGUAUGGUUGUUCCACACUGUGAAAUCAAUCCUAACAUUCACUUAAGCCAAAUGUUAUCUUAGUCAUGCAUUGAUGUCAUUGGGAGACGAAGUGAACAUUUGACUUAAGUGGAAAUUAGGAUUCACUUCUGAUGUACAGGAAGCUGCCAUUUUGGUUGAGCUUGUUAAAAUGUGGUUGUUUUCUCUGGUUCUGAUAGGCUGUAGUGCCAAGAUGCCCUUCUGUAAAUCCAACCCGUGUCAGAAUGGAGGAACGUGCCAAGUGAGCUGGGAGACCUUCUCAUGUGACUGCCCCCUAGGUUUUGGAGGGAAGGACUGCAGCCAUGGUGAGAAACACCCUGAUACUUAGCGAGAUUCCCUAAAAACAUGCCACUUCGAUACAGCUACGACCGGAAGUGACUUUUUCGUAGCAGGUUUAGAAAACUUACGCAGCAGGUUAGGAGAAUUAACCUAGCAGGUUAGGGGAAUUAGGUUAAGAUUAAGGGUUAGGGUUAGCGAAAAUGCUCUCCUUAUCUACUAUGUGCCCAAGAAAGCGAAGGUAACCUCCUUAAAUGACUACCGCCUUGUAGCACUCACGUCGGUAGCCAUGAAGUGCUUUGAAAGCCUGGUCAUGGCUCACAUCAACACCAUCAACACCAUCAUCCCGGAAACCCUAGACCCAGUCUAAUUCGCAUACCGGCCCAACAGAUCCACAGAUGACGCAAUCUCAAUCGCACUCCACACUGCCCUUUCCCACCUGGACAAAAGGAACACCUAUGUGAGAAUGCUGUUCAUUGACUACACCUUAGCGUUCAACACCAUAGUGCCCACAAAGCUCAUCACUAAGCUAAGGACCCUGGGACAAAACACCUCCCUCUGCAACUGGAUCCUGGACUUCCUGAUGGGCCAACCCCAGGUGGUAAGGGUAGGCAAAAACACAUCUUCCACGCUGAUCCUCAACACAGGGGCCCCUCAGGGGUGCGUGCUUAGUCCCCUCCUGUACUCCCUGUUCACCCACAACUGCGUGGCCAAGCACGACUCCAACACCAUGAUUAGGUUUGCUGAUGACACAACAGUGGUAGGCCUGAUUACGACAACGAUGAGAUAGCCUAUAGAGACCUGGCAGUGUGGUGCCAGGACAACAACCUCUCCCUCAACAUGAGCAAGACAAAGGAGCUGAUCGUGGACUACAGGAAAAAGAGGGCCGAACACGCCCCCAUUCACAUUGACGGGGCUGUAGUGGACCAAGUUCCUUGGUGUCCACUUCACCAACAAACUAUCAUGGUCCAAACACACCAAGACAGUAGUGAAGAGGGCAUGACAACACCUUUUCCCCCUCAGGAGACUGAAAAGAUUUGGCAUGGGACCCCAGAUCCUCAAAAAGUUCUACAGCUGCACCAUCAAGAGCAUUCUGACCGGUUGCAUCACCGCCUGGUAUGGCAACUGCUCGGCAUCCGACCGUAAGGCGCUACAGAGGGUAGUGCGUACGGCCCAGUACAUCACUGGGGCCAAGCUUCCUGCCAUCCAGGACCUCUAUACCAGGCGGUGUCAGUGAAAGGCCCAAAAAUUGUCCAAAGACUCCAGUCAACCAAGUCAUAGACUGUUCUCUCUGCUACCGCAUGGCAAGCGGUACCGGAGCUCCAAGUCUAGGUCCAACAGGCUCCUUAACAGCUUCUACCCCUAAGCCAUAAGACUGCUGAAUAAUUAUUCAAAUGGCCACCCACAUUAUUUACAUUGACCCCCCCCCCCCCCUUGUUUUUACACUGCUGCUACUCGCUGUUUAUUAUCAAUGCAUAGUCACUUUACCUCUACCUACAUGUACAAAUUACCUCGACUAACCUGUACCCCUGCACAUUGACUCAGUAUUGUUAUUUUAUUGUGUUACUUUUUAUUUUAUUUCUUACUUUAGUUUAUUUAGUAAAUAUUUUCUUAACUCUAUUUCUUGAACUGCAUUGUUGGUUAAGGUCUACACCUGUUGUAUUCGGCGCAUAUGACAAAUAAAAAUUGAUUUGAUUUGAUUCGAUGAAAAGUAACUUCUGGGGAUAGCUGUAUCGAAGUCCCAAUACCUAUCCCGUGUAGGCUUUUUCUCACAUAUAUGAACACACACACUCACACACCUCACUGACUGUAGUCCUUCUCCCCGCCCCCCCUACAGUGAUGCCCCACCCACAUCGUUUCCUGGGAAACAGUGCCCUCUGGUGGGACCUGAAGAAUGACGUGACCAUCUCCACUCCCUGGUACCUGGGGUUGGUGUUCAGGACGCGGGCCAGGGAUGGCACCCUGCUGCAGGCACAGGCCGGACAGUACACCAGCCUGGUCUUCCAGGUCUCUACACUCAUACAUGGAGACUCACCUGUGCUGCCUUACCUGCACUAGUUUAUCUGUGUCUGUUUUUCUUCUUUGUAAAUGGGUCAGUUUAUGUUGGAGUAAUACCAACCUGCAGGGGGAUUCCAAACCAUGCAAUGUUAAUAUGUGUGUAGUCAUCUACAUGUGGGUAACUCUGUAUAUUCACCAAUGUAUCUGUGUUGCCAUGGCAGCUGGUGAGUGGACAGCUGGUGUUCUCAGUGACCAAGGGGUCGACGCGGCCGGUGCGUCUGCGUCUGGACCAGGUGCAGGUGAGCGACGGGCGCUGGCAUGACCUGCAGUUGGAGCUCCGAGACGUCCGCAGCGGGAGGGAGACGCGCUACGUGGCUACUGUCCGCCUCGACUUCGGCCUCUUUCAGGUGAGAGUCCCACGUUGUCCCUACUCACUGUUCUAAAGUCAGAUUUAAUCAGAUUUCUUAAUGGGUUAGGUUUUGAUUGGGGGAGGGGUAGACUGAUCCUUGAUCUGUGCCUAAGGGUGACUUCUACCCGGAGGGACACAUUAAGGCCGUGACCAGAAUGACCAGUGACCCGUGACCCAAUGAUCCUCCCUAUCACUCUGCAGCGCAGACGUCUCAAUGCAAAUCAUAACCUCUAAUCUGGCCCUGUAAUCCUUUAGGUCGUUAAUCCCAACAUCCAAUCUUAAAGCCAGUGUAAUGGCUCUCUGCCUGGCUAUACCCUGUCUACCUACUGCUGGUAUUAAAACCUGUGUUUGUAAAUAUUGACUCCAAUGUACCACCACACACACACACACACCCUUUCUGUGUUCUUUUAUGAGCUCUCCUGUACUCUUCACUUGCUUUCUAUCAAAUAUUUGUGUGUCUGUCACUCUUUCUAUCUAUUCUGUUCUUUUCUCUCACGUAUUCACUCUUUUCUCCCCCUCUUUCUCUAACUCCAUCUAGUUGAAAGCACUGACUGUCAUUCUGAAUAAGAGCGUCUGUUAAGUGACAUUUUUUUGUAAAAGUUUAAAAGUGUAGUCUCUCUCUCUCUCUCUCUCUCUCUCUCUCUCUCUCUCUCUCUCUCUCUCUCUCUCUCUCUCUCUCUCUCUCUCUCUCUCUCUCUCUCUCUCAGGGCACAGUGAUAGUGGGGAAUGAGAUCCAUGGGCUGAAGGUGAAACACCUUCAUGUGGGCGGAGUCCUGGGCUCGGGGGAGGUGCAGAAUGGGAUACGGGGCUGCAUCCAGGUAAGUGUCCGAUCACCAUGGCAACUGUAUCUUAACCACUGCCCAUGAUUCUUUCUGGGACUCUUAUAUACUAGUAGUAUGAAUGCUAUGUAUGGUAUAAUGGUCUAUGUUCUUACAAGACUCUAUUUGACAUGUAUUUCGUCUGUGUUCUCAGGGGGUUCGUUUGGGGGUGCGACCAGAUGCCCCGCCCCUACCCCGCCCUUCCAAGGCUGUCAAAGUGGAGACGGGCUGUAGCGUUGGCAACCCCUGUGUCUCCUCCCCCUGCCCGCCCCACAGCCGUUGUAGUGAUGAUUGGGAACGCCACACCUGUCUGUGCGAACCAGGUAAGAUACUGCAAGAGAGAGAAUGUGUUUGUGUGUUUGCGAGCGAGCGAGCGUGAAAGGAUCUAAUUUAAUUCCUCUGUCGGCAAAUUAUACAAAACUAUAAAGUGAGACGACUUAAAAGAGAAAGAACAUUUGAGAGAAGGUGUGAUGAAGAACAAGAGAGGGAGAGAGUGAGAGAGGAAGCAAUGAGCGCCGUGGGGGGGGGGAGGAAAUGGAGAGGCUCAGACAUCCCUUCAGUACCAUCUAACACAAACACCUCUCCCUAUUAGCACAGUGUAGCAGCGCUUCAUUACCACGGCGAUGGCUUUCAUUAGCACAAUGAGCAUUAAGUAUAGAACAGGCCAAUAAGUGUCAGGGGGAGACGAAUCAAAGUUUCAUAAUGCCACACAGAAGUGCUCUGAAUAAUUCCCUCUCAUCUUUGGCUGUGAGUAUGCCAGUACAAAGGCAGUACAGUGGCACUGCGCCGCCCGUUGAAUUAGCUUAAUGGCUCUCUCCCGCACAGGAGAACAUUUACAGCACUGUUCACAGACUAUAUACUGUACAGGCACACACACACACACACAUACAGGGCACUGCACGACAGCGCACUGACACAAGGACAUCUGCUGUCAGUGUGCUGCUGUGAGGCGGUUAGUGUGUGUGUUUGUGUGUGAAUGUAUGUGUGUGUAUUUGCCUGUUUGGGUAUGCACAGGAUAAAUAGGUGCAAUAAACAUUUGUUUAUUUUGAUAGAUUGCAGUUGUAUCGACCCAGAGAUGGCUAGGGGGAAAAGCUACACCACUCCAUAAUCAGAGAAUAUAUGUUAAUAAUUUCCCAAAAUGUAGGAUUUAAGACUCCAGUAGAUUGUCAGCACAAGGAUAGUGUAAUUGAGUACAUUUCUAUGCAGUCAAGGCCAACAUCUCUGUUUUUGUCAGUUUCCUGAUAUCCUUAUAUGGUGAAUUCAAGGACAUUGUGUAAUAGGCGUAGGAUUUUUUGUGAGGCCCUUUUUUAAGAGCUGUUCACAGAAAGAGGUUCACAGCUCACAGCACUCACCUGGUUCUAUAGGGAGAUUCUUUUCAACUGGGUUCUCUGGUAAAAAUGAUGUGAGAAGAGCUCUAUUAGGAAACUGUGGUUUUAUAUGGAGUUCUUUGAUGCACUGAUAUCGUAAAGGAUACAGUAUCAGUGCAUAGAAAACAAACAGCAAAACACCAUAGAGCCCUACACAUUCUGUAGGUUUCUUUAGUUAGGGCUAUGUUCUUGAAAGUCUAUGUAUCUUUUGUGUGAAAGCUUUUUUUGUGUGUAGUAUGCAUAAAUACUUUUGCUCUUGUUUUAGGCUUAAAUGGUCAUUUUCAAAGGACUGCUUUUUAUAUUAAGGUGUGCGUGUGUUCUAGGUUUCUAACGCCUGUGUGUGUGUUCCCAUGGUAAUGACUAUGUGCGUGUUCCUGUGGUAACGCCUGUGUGUGUUCCCAUGGUAAUGACUAUGAGUGUUCCCAUGGUAACGUUUAUGUGUGUGUUCCCAUAGUAACGACUAUGUGUGUGUUCGCAUGGUAACACCUGUGUGUGUGUUCCCAUUGUAACGACUAUGUGUGUGUUGUAGGUUUCUAUGGUAAGGGCUGCAAAGACGCGUGCCAGCUGAACCCGUGUGAGAACAAUGCCCAGUGCCACAGGAAGCCCAGCUCAUCCCACGGAUACAUCUGUGACUGUGGAGACAACCACUACGGACAGUACUGUCAGCACAGGUCAGUCUGUCAACCAUACAUUAACUAUAGAUCAACCAUACUACAUCAACUAUUCAUCAACUAUAGAACAACUAUAGAUUAUCUAUAGAUCAACCACUACGGCCAGUACUGUCAGCACAGGUCAGUGAGUCAACUAUACAUCAACUUUAAAUCAACUAGCUAUUAACAUAAUAUUAUACAUCUGUGACUGUGAGGACUUUAGAUGACUGAACCCCGGCAAUAUGACUGAAUCCCAAAUGUCUCUGUGUGUUUAUAAUGUUAGUAACGGUACACCACAGCAGUGCCCGAGGCUGAAGCAGGGUGGAGACAGCAGGGCAGCAGUGUUCCAGUGCUCUGCUCUGUCUAUCUGUCAAAGUGGCUUUUGUUGUCCUUUUUUCCCCACAAAUAUGCCCUAUUCCACAGGAGAGGAUAAGAGAAGGCUUACGUUUAUCUGUGAUGAUAAAACACAGUGUAUAUCUGUGACCCGGGCGUCACCCUGCCCCCAUGUGAAAUCCCUCCCAGCUUUAGGUCUCAGAUCUUUCAUCUCCUCUAUUCCCUUUGAUCUAGAUACUGUGAUGUACUCUGGCCUAUAUAGCAGACAGGGAGUGAAACUCAAAGAACUACCACUUUUAAAGGUCCAAUGCAGCUGUGUUAUCGCAAUAUCAAAUAUUUUCUGGGUAACAGUUAAGGGGUGGCAGGUAGCUUAGUGGUUAAGAGCGUUGUGCCAGUAACCGAAAGGUCGCUGGUUCUAAUCCCCGAGCCGACUAGGUGAAAAAUCUGUCGAUGUGCCCUUGAGCAAGGCACUUAACCCUAAUUGCUCCUGUAAGUCGCUCUGGAUAAGAGCGUCUGCUAAAUAAUGUAAAUGUUAAGUACCUUACUCUGAUUGUUUUAAAUUCAAAUGAGCAAAAGAGCAAUUUUUCAAACAAGAAUUUUGCUAGGACUGUCUGGGAGUGGCCUGAGUGGGGAGGGGAAACUGAAAACGAACUGUUAUUGGCAGAGAGGUUUGGAACUCUCUUUCUUAUUGGUCUAUUAACUAAUUUACCGCAUGGUGAUGUCACCAGGCAGGCCAAAACUCCAUCCCACCAAAACAGGCAAAAAUUUCAGGUGGUCUUUUCAAACAGCUCUUUCACUGAUAUAAAUGCAACAUGCAACAAUUUAAACGAUUUUACUGAGUUACAGUUCAUAUAAGGAAAUCAGUCAAUUUAAAUAAAUAAAUUAGGCCCUAAUCUAUGGAUUUCACAUGACUGGGCAGGGGCGCAGCCAUGGGUCGGCCUGGGAGGGCAUAGGCCCAUCCACUGGGGAGCCAGGCCCAGCCAAUCAGAAUUAGUUUUUCCCCACAAAAGGGCAUUAUUACAGACAGAAAUACUCCUCAGUUUCAUCAGCUGUCCGGGUGGCUGGUCUCAGACGAUCCCGCAGGUGAAGAAGCCGGAUGUGCAGGUCAUGGGCUGGCAUGGUUACACGUGGUCUGCGGUUGUGAGACCGGUUAGACGUCCUGCCAAAUUCUCUAAAUCGACAUUGGUAGAGAAAUUAACAUUACAUUCUCUGACAACAGCUCUGGUGGACAUUCCUGCAGUCAGUAUACCAAUUGCACGCUCCCUCAAAACUUGAGACAUCUGUGGCAUUGUGUUGUGUGACAAAACUUUACAUUUAGAGUGACCUUUUAUUGUCCCCAGCACAAGGUGCACAUGUGUAAUGAUCAUGCUGUUAAAUCAGCUCCUUGAUAUGCCACACCUGUCAGGUGGAUGGAUUAUCGUGGCAAAGGAGAAAUGCUCACUAACAGAGAUGUAAACAAAUUUGUGCACAACAUUUUGAGAAAUAAUCUUUCUGUGCAUAUGGAAAAUUUCUGCGAUCUUUUAUUUCAGCUCAUGAAACAUGGGACCAACACAUUACAUGUUGCGUUUAUAUUUUUGUUCAGUAUAUAUAUAAAACACAAGAAAAUCAAAUUUUUGACUGCAUUGGGUCUUUAACAUGUGUGUCUGUGUGUGUGCGUGUGUGUGUUUCACUGUGUGUUUGUGUGUUUCACUGUGUGUGUGUGUGUGUGUGUGUGUGUGUGCGUGUGCGUGUGUGCGGUGUGUGUGUAGGAUUGACCACCAAUGUCCACGUGGUUGGUGGGGCUCUCCAACAUGUGGGCCCUGCCACUGUGAUGCCAGUAAAGGAUUCGACCCCGACUGCAACAAGACCAGCGGCCAGUGUCACUGCAAGGUGACUUGCCUGCCACGACACACACACUCGCUCAUAUCAGCAGUAAAUACUCUUACUGAUAAUCAACUCAUAUUUUAACCCCAGGCACUGAUCCAUGCUCUUACAUACCUCAGCAGACCUAUGAUCACCCUUACCUACCGAUUUCUAAUCAGCUCAUAACUGUAACCCCAGCCUAACCCGUAAUCCCUGUUUGUGACCUUAAUCCCUAAUCCUUGAAACUGAUCCUAGCUCUAACCUGACACUGCUGUCAAAAAAGCAUUAUUUUAAGAGGCAUUAUCAGUAGCUUCAUCUUGUUAAUCUGAACACCCCCCAUUAUCCUUUAACACUCUUAACGCCAACAGACACCCCCUUAUUCGUCAUAUCCCCCCUCCACACUGUGACCCCAUCUUAAAUACUUUUUCAAGAACAGUACAGAAGCAUGUAUCAUUGACUUUCAGUAGCACCGUUUAUUUAACUGUAGUUUUCCAUGUGUUUUCCUUGCUUCUGGGUCUGUUUUCUCACAUAGAGUAUUGUAAUUCAAAUGUUGAAUUGCUCUUUUACGAGAUUUUACGUGCUAUGUGCUGGUUUUUCGAAAUGCUCACCGGACAAUAUUUUUGUCUGUCUAUUUUGUGUUUGUCUGUCCACGUCUCUGUAUGUCUCUCUGAAUCCAUCUCUUUUCUGUGUGUGUUUGUCUGUUGACAUGUUCUUCACUCUCUUUUUUUCAUAUAAAUGUGUAUGUAUGUUUGUGCGUUUCUGUGUUUGUCUGUCUGUGCAUCUAUGUAAAUGUGUAUGUAAAUGUUGAUGUGUAUGUAAAUGUUGAUGUUGAUGUAAAUGUCUAUGUAUAUGUUUAUGCCUGUAUAUGUUUGUGACUUUGCUAUGUAUGUCCUUUCUGUCUAUUUGGAUGUGCUUGUCUUUGGUCUGAAUGUGUAUGCAUCUGUUUAUGUAUGUCUACAUGUGUCUGUCUGUCUGUCUGUCUGUCUGUCUGUCUGUCUGUCUGUCUGUCUGUCUGUCUGUCUGUCUGUCUGUCUGUCUGUCUGUCUGUCUGUCUGUCUGUCUGUCUGUCUGUCUGUCUGUCUGUCUGUCUGUCUGUGUCUGUCUGUCUGUCUGUGUCUAUCUCUUUGCGUGCGUGUGUGUGUGUGUCUCUGUCUGUCUGUGUGUGUGUGUGUGUCUGUGUGGGUGUGUGUGUGUGUGUGUGUGUCUGUCUCUCUGUGUGUAUAUAUCCGUGUGUGUGUACCAGGAGUUCCACUACCACCCGCGGGGCAGUGACUCCUGCCUGCCGUGUGACUGCUACCCUGUGGGCUCCUUCUCCCGGUCAUGUGAACCAGAGAGUGGCCAGUGCCAGUGUCGGGCUGGCGUGAUUGGUCGACAGUGCAACAUGUGCGACAACCCCUUUGCUGAGGUCACACAGACGGGCUGCGAAGGUAAGACAGAGGGAUUCCUCUCCUCCUACCUGUGAUCUUCUCUUUGUCUCUUCCUCCCACGUCUUCUCUCUCAUCUUCUCUGUGCUUCCUGGUUCUCUGGUUCCCUUAUUCUCUCAAAAACCUAUCUCUCUCUUGUCAAACCUCUCUCCUCUCAAACUAGUAUGGCGUUCUCAUUGCAUUUAAGUACCGUUUUUUUUACUUCUAAGUGAUAUUGAGUAUACUAACACUCUGUUUGCCCAUUUUUCUCUCUCUGUGUUAGUCAUCUAUGACGGCUGUCCUAAGACCAUCACCCUGGGGAUCUGGUGGCCCAGGACUAAGUUCAACCUGCCAGCAGCCGUACCUUGUCCUAAAGGAUCUGUGGGUUAGUCCCUCAACAUUCUCCACAUUCACUGUAGUUAAGUGGAUGUCUGUAGAUAGUAUAAUUCCUGAGUCUUCCAAAGAAGGAAAGAUGAUAGCAGCUCCCAUUAAGACUCAGGAUCUAUAAUGACUAUUCCCAGUUAAACACCCCUUUGAAACCUAGUAUAGUAUCUGUGUUUGAAUGUAUCCCCCUGUGUUGGUUUUUAGUGUUGUGGAUGUGUUAUAAAGGUAUUAGUAUGUAUAGUAUCUGAUGGUGUCUGUUCUCUCCAGGUGCUGCUGUCAGACACUGUGACGUGGAGAGGGGCUGGCUGGAGCCAGAUCUCUACAACUGUACCUCUCCUCCCUUUGUGGAGCUCAAUGCAGCGGUAAAAAUACUCUGCUACCCCAUUGCUCAUACUGAUCAGAACUGUAAAGACUGAAAUGGUGUAUAAUAAAGUGUGUGUGUGUGUGUAGCUGGAGUCAGUGGAGCGGAACGAGACAGAGCUCAGCACCAUCAUCGAGAAGAAACUGGCCCACCAGCUCCGUGAUGUCACGGAAGCAACACCCCGUCUCUACGGCAAUGACCUUCAGAUUGCAGAGCGGCUACUGUCCCGCCUGUUGACCUUUGAGAGUCUGCAGACGGGCUUCGGCCUGACCGCCACCCAGGACGCACACUUCAACGAGGUGAGGGUUGCCCGGCAACACGCUCGUAACACACGUCAGUCGAGUUUGGAAAAUGUAGUCACCGUUUUAUUAGAUUGUGUGUGUGUGUGUGUGUGUGUGAAUGAACUGAAUCUGAUCUUGGCUUUGAUCUCAUCUCAUGUGAUGUGUCUCCACCUCACUAACUGUGACAUUAACAUCUGCUUUGCCUUUUGUCUCUGUGCUCCCUUUACCUCAAACUCCCCUCCCUCCCUCCCUCCCUCCCUCCCUCCCUCCCUCCCUCCCUCCCUCCCUCCCUCCCUCCCUCCCUCCUCUCUCCUGCUGGCUCAUGCUUUUGAUCUACCUUCUGCUACCUGUUUCAAUCUCUCUUCUUCUCUCUCUCCCUCCACCUCUCCUCUCCUCCCCUCCCCUCUCUCCCUCUCCCUCUCCCUCUCCCUCUCCCUCUCCCUCUCCCUCUCCCUCUCCCUCUCCUCUCCCUCUCCCUCUCCCUCUCCCUCUCCCUCUCCCCCCGCUCUGUCUCCAGAAUGUUCUGCGGGGCUGCAGUGCGGUGCUGGGUCCCGGCAGUGCAGGGUUAUGGCGGGCCCAGAGCCAGGUCCAGGGAGGGGCAGGGGGGCUGGCUGACCUGCUGGAGCAGUAUGCCCAGACCCUGGCCCAGAACAUGAAGCUAACCUACCUGAACCCAGUGGCCCUGGUCGCCCCCAACAUCGGUGAGUCACUGCCCCCAUGGAAUAAAAGGCUGCUCUCUUUCCCUUUUUAUGUGGUGUGCUCAGUACAUUGUGUCAAGUAAGGUCUGACUCUUUGUAUUGAGUGGUUGUUCCUGGUUUAUUUCAAGGUCAAGUAGUCCAUGCAAGUGUGAAGGUCGGCUAGUCCAUUUUCUGUGUAAAAAAGAAAGCGAGAACCCUGUGAACAGCAGUGUGUCUAGAUCCAAGUUUUGGUUUUGGCAGGAACAACUAAGUAUCCACAACAAGUGUAAAAAACGUACACUAUUGACUGACGACCUUGACUUUAAUAAUUUGUGUAUACAUUUUUGGCAAUGUAGUGCAUAAACAAACAACGUGUUUCACGUGUAGCUUCAUCAGGUUUGUUUUGUUAUGUUGUGUGGUGAAACCUGGACUCUCAUAAACUGGUGUGUGUGUGCGUGCGCGUGUUGCAGUGAUGAACCUUGACCGCGUGGAGAACCACACCCACGUGCGCAGACGUUUCCCUCGCUACCACAGCCCUCUGUUCCGCGGCCAGGCUGUCUGGGACCCCCACACACACGUGGUGCUGCCCCCUGCUGCCCUGGUGCCACAACGACACCAGUGUAAGUAGAACACACACACACACACAUGACAGUCGCUGAAACACACACACACACACCUUAUUGUCACUCCUCUUAUGUCUUAUGCCUCUUCCAGUUUCAGCUUCACAGAACACAGCUCCCGCCCCCAUCAGUAUGUCGGCCAAUCAGACAGGAGAAUAUGCUGCGGCCAGCCGUUCUGUUUCGCUGCCGGAGCCGCCCGUCACCAUCGUCAUCAUGUUGAUCUAUCGUAGCCUUGGAGCGGCACUCCCCCCCAAGUACCACACUGACAGACGAGGAGUCAGGUAAUUCAUUGUGUGUGUGUGUGUGUGUGUGUGUGUAUGUGUGUGUGUGUGUGUGAAUACUGUAUAUGCCUGCCCUCCAGUGUCUAUCUCUCUGAUGGCAUCUGUUGUACCAGGUGUGUGUGUUUACAAGUGUUUAUUUCUGUUUCAUUUAGACUUUUCGAAGCACAGCAUUGGAAUUGUGCCACUGUGUUUGGUGGACCAUAAAACCCUGUUUGGGCUAUUAUGUCCGUCCUACUAAAUCUAAAUCUCUCCCCCUCUCUCCCCCUCUCUCCCCCUCCUUCUCCUCCCUACAGACUCCCCAGACAUCCUGUAAUAAACUCUCCAGUGGUCAGUGUGUCUGUCUACAACAACCAGACGUUUGUCGGGGGUCCGCUGGACUCGCCCCUGCAGCUGGAGUUCCACCUGCUGGAGACCGCCAACCGCAGCAAGCCCCUGUGUGUCCAGUGGAACCACAGCAGCCCGUGAGUGGAGCUUUACAUGACUUGAGUGGACUUGUGCUCUGUGGAAAAUAGAUAGAGUGUGUAGACUGGUGAACUCUCUCUUCUUCCUCCUGCCUUUCUCCCACCAACCUCCUCUCUCCCUCUCUCUCCCUCUUUCUCACUCACCCCACUGCCCUCUCUCUCCAGGUUGGAGGUGGGAGGUUGCUGGACAGUGAGGGACUGCAUCGUAGUAUACAGGAACACGUCCCACGUGCGUUGCCAGUGUCAGAGGCUGGGCACCUUUGGUGUCCUAAUGGACAGCUCCCAGAGAGAACAGCUGGAGGGGGAUCUGGAGACUCUGGCCCUGGUCACCUACUCCUCUCUGUCUGUGUCUAUGCUGGCGCUGCUGCUGACCGUCCUGGUGCUGUCCUGCCUCAGGGGCUUAAAGUCCAACACCCGCUCCAUCCACUCCAACAUGGCCGCCGCCAUGCUGCUCUCUGAGCUCGUCUUUCUGCUCGGCAUCAACCAGACCGAGCAGCAGGUACGUGUGUGUGCGUGCGGACGGGGGCUAUGUGUGUGUGUGUUGGGGUGUGUGUGUUAAAGGGCGGUCUGGGUGUCUGGGUGUGUGUGUGGGGGUCUCUGUGUGUGUGUGUGUGUGUGAGACAGAGAGAGCGAUCAUAAUGUGUUUAUGUGUGUGUGUGUGUGCACCCAACCAAGACGGCACAGUAUGCGUAGGUGCGUUCAACAUGCGUGUGUUCCAACUGUGUACUGUAUGUACAGUACGUUAACAGUAUGUUAUAUCAUUGUCUUCAAUGAGCUUCAAUAUCCGCUUUACUACAGAAUCAGGAUCACUACCAUUCAAACCAUACUUGAAAGUUAUUCUGUUUGAGUGAGUAGACAAAAUGAGCGUCUGGCUGCCAAGGCCUCUUUUUCUGGUUCUUUCUCUGUGCCUUGGUGUUCAUUGGAGAUGUGUACUGUGAUGCUUACAGUAUAACACCAGAUGUUCUAACUGGUCUGAAAGCCAAAGGCCUUAAACAGAGGUUGGAAAACAAACCAAUAGGACACCAUCUUGGCAAGUUGGCACUGAACUCAGCUAGCACGCCCAUAGGAAUAUAUUGAAGGUUGUCAUAACAGAAUCUCUAUACAUGGCUCUGACUGUUCUCUCUCUCUCCUCUCUCUUAGUUCCUGUGUACGGUGGUGGCUAUCCUGCUGCACUAUUUCUUCAUGGCCAUGUUUGCCUGGCUUUUUGUGGAAGGGCUCCAUAUAUACCGCAUGCAGACAGAGGCACGCAACAUCAACUAUGGAGCCAUGAGGUUCUACUAUGCCAUCGGGUGGGGUGUACCUGCCAUCAUCACAGGUACUCACACAUACUCACACACAUACUCACACACACACACACACACGUCUUAGGAUGACAGCCUAGAUAUGACAGUUCCUUACAUAGCCCUGUUUCAGAAUGGAUUUCUUAAAAACAGCCACAGUGAGGCACAAUACAACUAACACACACACACACACCUGUGCACACAGUGCUACCUCAUCUUACUCUCUCACUGUUCAGGUUUGGCGGUAGGGCUGGAUCCUGAGGGCUAUGGCAACCCAGACUUCUGCUGGAUCUCCAUCUAUGACAAACUCAUCUGGAGCUUCGCUGGACCCAUCGCCAUCGUCAUCCUGGUACUGUCUCACUCUCGUUCUGCGUCAGUCACUUCGUUAGGGCCGGUUCACUGUGUUUGCCUAUGUACCUCUGUAGUAUCUAGUCUCAUGUAGGUCUGCCUCAUUGCUGUCUCUUUGUUACAGAUAAACGGUGGGAUGUUUCUGAUUGUGGCGCGCAUGUCCUGCAACCCCUCCCAGAAAGAGACCAAGAAACUACCUGUCAUGUGAGUGACCCAGAGAGGUUGGACAGAUGGCAUAAUAGGCCAGGUUCUGCUGAUGAUGAGGAAUACAAUUCUAUUGCAGUAACAGACCUUUAAAUUCAGCCAUAAAAGCCUUUUCAUUUCCCUGGCUGACACGCUCUCUCUCUCUCUCUGUCUCUCCAGUGGCACUAUACGCAGUGCCUUCCUCCUGCUGCUCCUGGCCACCUCUACCUGGUUAUUUGGGCUGAUGGCUGUCAACAACAGUAUUCUGGCCUUCCAUUACAUCUUCAUUGUACUAUGCUUACUGCAGGUACUGAACGUGACGUGUGUGUGUGUGUGUGUGUGUGUGUGUGUGUGUGUGUGUGAGAGUGUGUUUGUGUGUGUGUGUGUAUGCCCAAUUAGACUGUGUGAGUUGCUUUUUGGUCUUGCUGAGUACUUGGUGGUGUGUUUUGGAGUUAAUGUGUGUUAUUGUGUGUUAUUGUGUGUUAUUGUGUGUUAUUGUGGGUUAAUGUGUGUUAUUGUGUGUUAAUGUGUGUGUUCCCCUCAUCCCCUCUGCCCAGGGUCUUGCUGUGUUCCUGGUGUUCACGGUGCUGAACGCCGAGGUGCAGGAGGUCUGGAAGUUGUCGUGUCUGGGUAGGAAGAGCCCCAACGAGGACACGCCCAGAGCCCCACAAAUCCCUGUGAGCAUGGCACCCUCCCCUCCACCACACACACGCACACACACACGCACACACACAUCUGGCUCCAUUCUACCACACACAUCACCCCCCAAUCCACAUCAGCACACCCUGGCCUUCCCUUAACAUUACCCCCUCAGGGCUUUUCACUUGACCCAGAUUCCACAAUGUACUGUGCUUAGCCUACCUUAUUAAGAUUUGUACCACUGACUCAUCUGGGGAAUGAUUGUUGCUGUGUUUUCUGUCAUUUAUUUGGACUCGACUAGCACGGUUUGACGUAGAAUGUUGAUGUGUGCUCCUGAAUGUAUUUUUGAACACGUGUGUGUUUUGUGUGUCUGUCUGUCUGUCUGUCUGUGUGUGUGUGUGUGUGUGUGUGUGUGUGUGUGUGUGUGUGUGUGUGUGUGUGUCCAGGGUCAAAACCCCUACAACAAUGCGUCGUUGCUGGAGCAGAGCGGACUGCACCGCAUCACCCUGGGAGCCUCCACUAUCUCCUCUGUCAGCAGUGCUCGGUCAGUAGGCCAUCUGAGAUACACAGGGUCUGAAACAUAUAGGUGCGGUUUCCCAGACACAGAUUAAGCUUAGUCCUGGACUAAAAAGCUCUUUCAAUGGAGAUUCUCUAUUGACCCAAUAGUAGGGUCAACCUGUAUCCGGGAAACUGACUUCUAUUGUUAGUAUACUGUAUGUAGAUCAGGCUUAUGGAGCCUGCCUAAUCAGGCUUAUGUAGCCUGCCUAAUGUAGUGGUCAGUAGUCUCAGUGUCUGUGAUGGAAUGUGUAAAUACUUUGGUUAACACCUCCUUUCCUCCCACAGAGAAAACCUGCUGGCCCGCCAGACCUUGGAACACAAUCUGGGACACACUGGCGCCACAGACCUGGACGUGGCCAUGUUCCAUAGAGACGGAGGUACCCCCCACCCCACACACACACACUAGGGCUGCACGAUAUGGGCAAAAAAAUCGAAUAGCGAUUUGAUUUUUUUUAACAAAUAAAACUGUUGGAAUCAUAAAAAUACAAUGAUUCAUAUUAAGAAGCAAAGUGGAAAGCAGCAUCGUUCUUGUUUGGAACAAUCUGUUGACUGCAUCUGACCUAACAGAACAACAGCAUGCAAACGUAUAGUGGCUCUAACAGCUUGGAGGAGGGACUGUGCUGCUUGAGUGGCAGGGGGCGGGGCUUGGUGUGUGACGUCACAGCCGCAAGAGGAGAGAGGGAAAGAGACGACAAACGAGUCAACUAUAAAAACUGCUGAGUGGCCUUUUAAAAUAUUUCAUGCGAUAUGGAUCUAUUGCGAUAUGGAUUUUGCACAUGUCAAUAUUGCACAAUUUGAUUAAUUGUGCAGCCCUAACACACACACGCACGUGCACGCACACAGGACUCUAGGAAUGUGCACAUAAACAUGCAUUGUAAAACAAAUAAACACAUUCAUAAACACUCUAGGGUUAUAAUACUGUAUACAAUACAAGUCAAAUGAUAACAAAUGUGCAUGACCUCUUUUUGCUUUUAAUAGUAACUGAGACUAUAACUGGUUCUAUAACCUCUCUCUCUCAAUUCAAUUCAAUUUAAGGGUUUUAUUGGCAUGGGAAACAUAUGUUUACAUUGUCAAAGCAAGUGAAAUAGAUAAUAAACCUAUCUCUCUCUCUCUCUCUCUCUCUGUCUCUUUCUGUCUCUCUGUCUCUCUCUCUCUCUCUCUCUCUCUCGCUUUCCCUGUCUCUCUCUGUCUCUCUGUCUCUCUCUCUCCUCUCAGGUGAGGACUCGGACUCAGACUCAGAUCUCUCUUUAGAAGAGGAACAUAGUCUCUCCAUCCCCUCCUCCGAGAGUGAGGACAACGUUCGUCUCCGUGGACGCAUCCAGCGACGCUUCAAACGCACCAAUCACAGUGAGCGGCUUCUCACAGAGCCCGCCCACAACGGCACCAAAGGUACACAGACAGACACAAUGGAAAUGCAAGACUGAUAGACUCAUAGAUUCACAAAUUAAAGCAAUUCAUACGUUAUGUAUGUAUGUAAGUAUGUGAUACCUAUAAAUGCCAUACCAAUAUGCAAACACACUCUGAAAAUGUCAGACACAGAGAUCCAUAAAUCAAUAAAAAUCAUUAUGCAUUUAAAGAAGUAUGGCACUUCUACAAAACCCUCUCUCAUAUUGGAUACAGUUGUGAUUUAUUUGGAAUUGUUGGCCAAUGGCAAUUGUCCAUCUUUGUGUAUCAGACCUGGAUGGCAAUGAUCUGCUCUCCUAUUGGCCAGCACUGGAGGAGAGCGAGGUCCACUCCCUGCAGAAGUGGGGCUCAGAGCGCCGCCUAGUGGCUGACUAUAGCAAGGACACCGCCAACAACAACCAGCCUGAGACUGUGCUGACCAGCGGGGACGAGAACGGCCUGACAGGACAGCCCAACCGCCACCGCAAGGGUGAGACACACACGCACAUGCAGGCACAUACACGCAUGCACACACACACACAUACACACUCAGCCCGACUACCACAGAAAGGGUCACAAACUCAGUAACAUUGCCCCAGUAACCUUUCUAUUCUGCUAAUGACCAGCUAUUAUUACCAUACAGAUAAAUGUAAACUCAAACACCAAAAUACCUAUUAACCCUUUUUUCUAAUCUCUCCCUGCUGACUCAGGCAUCUUGAAGAACCGCAUUGACUGUCCCCCGGCCCUGCAGGGUCUCUCCACCAUGGGCCAGGCCCCCAGCGAACUCUCCUGGUACCGCACCUCCACCCUGGGCCACAGGGGUGUCCCGGCAGCCUCCUACGGUCGCAUGUACUCUGGGACAGGCUCCCUGUCUGGCACGGGCUCCUUGUCCCAGCCCGCCUCCCGGUACUCCUCCAGGGAGCACUUGGACUCUCUGGCCCGCCGCCAGCUCUCCAGAGACCCCCUGGGCCGCCAGGCUGGAGGAGGGUCCCAGAACCGUCUGGACCGCCAGGGUCCCCGGGACAACCUGGACCUGCUGCCCCGCCGGCGUGAGCCGGGCCUAGACAGAGCCUCCAGGGAGAACCUGAGCAGCUCCAGAGACAGGCUGGAUGUCCACCAGCACAGCACCCACGCCUCCCAGGAGGACUUGAGUGGGAAUGGGGGUGUGGAGCCCGGUCUGGGGGGGUCGCGCUCCCAGCUCAACACCCUGACACGGCGCCAGGCCUCCUCCCGUGAACACCUAGGAGGAGCGCUGAUGAGCAGCCGCUCCCGCGAGCAGCUGGAGGCCAACGGGAGCGGCGGGGUGACCCAGUCCCAGCCCUGCAGGGAGUGGCUUCGCACCCUGCCCCCCCGCCAGCCCUCGCACCCCGACCAGCCCCCGCCCUCCUCCCCUCCUCCCCCCAUCAGCGAGGAACCCCAGGAGCCCCCCCUACCCCGCCGCGGCCGGCUGGACUCUGCCCCCCAGUGUAGGUUUCCCCUCCCUGCCCCCGGCGCCCCCCCCAGCCGCCACCCGUCCAGCGAGCACCUGGACAUCCUUUCCUCAAUCUUGGCCUCCUUCAGCUCCUCCGUGCUCACCCCCCCAGCCCCCUCCUCAGCACAGGGACCCUCCCCCUCCCCGCCCCACUCCGCCACCUCCCACAGCAUCUCUGAGGUCUCCCCAGACUCUGAGUAAGUCCUGCACUCUCACUCACCUUCAUCUACCUGCUUCCUCUCCUCUUCACACUCCUG